AUGUAUUAUUCCUCACGGGGGAUUGCUGGCCCCUAUGUGACUCCUGCGGGCGGCGUCGCCAUCUCGGCGACUGCCCUCCUUAUAACUGGCACCACACCUGUCUCCUCCUGCUGCCUACGCUUCAAGCGGAAGCGCCCCAGCUGUGUGAAUUCCCACACAGGGCAAUGCCGGCCGCCCGCCACGCCCGCUAACACCACCGCCAGCCAAGAAGGCCCCGCGGUUGUCUGGAACGGUGGUGUUCACAUCACCGUGAACGCCCCCACUCCUCGCUCCUCCUCGGCGGACGCUGGCCCCCCCGCGCGCCAAGCUCACCAAGCCCGCCAACAGGCCGCGUCGGCGGAAGCGCCCUGA